AUGGAGCUCAGAGAUGCACCCUCUUCCACCGCAUGGAAGAUCACCAUUAUUGUGGUCCUCGUGGCCCUUAUCUUAAUCACCAUCGCCGGCAAUGUGGUUGUCUGCCUGGCUGUGGGCUUGAACCGCCGGCUCCGCAAUCUGACCAACUGCUUCAUCGUGUCCUUGGCCAUCACUGACCUGCUCCUUGGCCUCUUGGUGCUCCCUUUCUCUGCUAUCUACCAGCUGUCCAACAGUUGGAACUUUGGCCAGAUCUUCUGCAACAUCUACACCAGCCUGGACGUGAUGCUCUGCACAGCCUCCAUCCUCAACCUCUUCAUGAUCAGCCUUGACCGGUACUGUGCCGUCACAGACCCACUCCGCUACCCGGUGCUUGUCACCCCCAUCCGAGUCGCCAUCUCUCUUGUCUUCAUUUGGGUUAUCUCCAUCACCUUGUCCUUCCUUUCUAUCCACCUGGGGUGGAACAGCAGGAACAAGACUAGCAGUGGCAAUCACACCACAUUAAAAUGCAAAGUCCAGGUCAAUGAAGUAUAUGGCUUGGUGGAUGGGCUAGUCACCUUCUACCUCCCUCUCCUCAUCAUGUUUAUCACCUACUAUCGCAUCUUCAAGAUUGCCCGGGAUCAGGUCAAGAGAAUCAAUCAUAUCAGCUCUUGGAAUGCAGCCACCAUCAAGGAACAUAAAGCCACAGUGACCCUGGCCACUGUGAUGGGAGCCUUCAUCAUCUGCUGGUUCCCCUACUUCACUGUGUUUGUUUACCGUGGGCUCAGAGGGGAUGAGGCUGUCAAUGACAUCAUUGAAGCCAUUGUUCUGUGGCUAGGCUAUGCCAACUCAGCCCUGAACCCCGUAUUGUAUGCUGCAUUGAACAGAGACUUUCGCACUGCAUACCAGCAGCUCUUCCGCUGCAGAUCCACCUGCCACAACUCCCAUGACACUUCUUUGAGGUCCACCAACUCUCAGAAGUCCAGGAGCCAGAACAGAGAGCACAAGGGGCAGGAAGAGAAGCCCCUGAAGCUACAGAUGUGGUGUGAAAUUGAGGUUACUGCCCCACAGGGAGCCACAGACAGGUAA